CACUAACUCUUUGAUUAAGCUUUGGUCGAUUAUCUUCUUCAAUACUUUUAAACUCUUUCCUUUCUGUCUUCCCCCCUUUUUUCUAUUCCUUCUGUUUGGUGAGAGAGAAAGUGGGAUUCCGAGACUGAGAAAAUUGGAAGAAAGUUAGCGAUGGUGGUCAGAAAGGUAGGGAAGUAUGAGAUUGGAAGAACUAUCGGUGAAGGAACCUUUGCAAAGGUUAAGUUCGCGCAAAAUACGGAGACCGGCGAAAGUGUUGCCAUGAAAGUCCUCGAUCGCAGCAUCAUUAUCAAACACAAAAUGAUCGAUCAGAUCAAAAGGGAGAUAUCUAUAAUGAAGCUUCUUACACAUCCUUACGUUGUUCGUUUGCACGAGGUUAUAGCAAGUCGAACUAAGAUUUAUAUAAUCUUGGAGUUCAUUACUGGUGGUGAAUUGUUCGAUAAAAUACCUGAAAAUCUUUUACUUGAUUCCCAAGGAAAUUUAAAGAUUUCAGAUUUUGGCCUUAGCGCAUUGCCAGAACAAGGAGUUAGCCUACUUCGGACGACGUGUGGAACUCCUAACUAUGUGGCACCAGAGGUGCAUCGUCAAUGGGGCUACAGUGAGCUUAUGUUAACAGAUCAUUCUUCAAUUCUUCAUCAUCAGGAAUUACCAAUCUCCCUCGAUAAUAUAGAUUCCCAUCAGACUUAA